AUGGAGGAAGAGCGGGGAGUCAGGCUCCUCAAGCUGAGUGCUGAGUUUGGUGCUUGGGGGAAAGGGGAGGGGAGGUUGAGUAUGGACUUGGAUAGUCUGAGUUGGUCUGGGCAGAGGAGCAGGUCUCUGCUGGACCUAACGCCGGAAAGAGUUUGGCUUGCAGAGGAAAUGGAGGGGACGAGGAAGCUUAUUUGGCUUCAGCAGCAAGAUGAAGCUAUCCCCAUAAAGAGGUGUGGGGGUGGGGGAGAUCCGAGGAGAGCAGGGGGCAGUGACAAGAAACAGGAUUGGGAUCACAGGGCUUAG